CCUUCCCCUUCUCGAGUCCCUCUCCUCCCCCCUCUCUCUUUCUCGGCGAGGAUUGGCUGUGUGAUUAGAGGUAAUUUAAUCGCGAUAGAUUGGUUUAACUCUAAUCCGGGAGUUUGCUUGGCCUAGGGUUUGGUGGAUUUGCGUCCCUGUGAGAAUUUCCAUAUCCAAUCGGAAUGGGGCCAAAGAGAGCGAAGUCUAUGCCAAGUCGUAAUCGUGCUGGGAAUGGAUGACAAAGAAUCACACAGUCACGAGCUAGAAUGAUAUGCGCUUUUUAGUCCAUCAAGAAGAAGUGAUUGGUUUGUGAUCGGUGCUCGCAUCGUCGCCAUGGGAAGUGCUUGCUCUAGGAAGAGAGGCCAGCUGCUUGUUGAUGAGGAAGAUCUCUACAGUGCAAGGUUCUCCAAGAGCAGCAGCUUCAAGUGGCUACUGCACACCUUGCCCCGCAGCGGCUCUGAUGUACACAGGAAGGUGCAGGGACCAGUGCCUGUGCGGUGCCCAUCGCUAAUGGAGCUCUGUGUGGCCAAAGUCCGCGAGGAUAUUGGGAAGUAUUCUGAUUUCUCGCUGCUGCCUAGAGAUCUUAGUCAGCAGGUAUUUAAUGAACUGGUGGAGUGGAACAUUCUCACUGAAGAGUUGCUUGGAGCUUUUCGUGAUUGUGCAUUGCAGGACAUCUGUUUGGCAGACUACCCUGGGGUGAGGGAUGCUUGGAUGGAAGUAGCGGCUUCUCAAGGGCAAUCAUUGUUAUCUGUUGAUAUCUCUUGCUCUGAUGUGACUGAUGGUGGACUGAAUCAACUCAAGGAUUGCAUCAACUUGCAAAGUUUGUCAUGCAAUUACUGUGAUCAGAUAUCGGAGCAUGGACUUAAAACAUUGUCAGGCCUCUCAAAUGUGACAUCCCUGAGCUUUAAAAAAUGUUCUGCUGUUACUGCUGAAGGAGCUAAAGCCUUUGCAAACAUGGUUAAUUUGGGUAGCUUGGACCUUGAGCGAUGUCCGAAGAUUCAUGGUGGACUUGUUCAUUUAAAAGGCUUGAGAAAACUGGAAAAGCUAAAUUUGAGGUAUUGUAAUGGCAUCACAGAUUCUGAUAUGAAACAUUUAUCAGAUCUUACAAAUUUGAGAGAGCUUCAACUUUCUUGCUGCAAAAUAAGUGAUCUUGGUGUUUCUUAUCUAAGAGGUCUAUCGAAGCUAGCUCACCUAAACCUGGAGGGCUGUGCAGUAACUGCUGCUUGUUUGGAGGUUAUUUCAGGAUUGGCUUCAUUGGUAUUGUUGAAUCUUAGUAGAUGUGGAGUAUAUGACGAAGGCUGUGAGCAUUUGGAAGGUCUUGUCAAGUUGAAGGUUCUCAAUUUAGGGUUCAACUAUAUUACAGAUGCCUGCUUGGUUCAUCUAAAAGAACUGAUCAAUUUGGAGUGUUUGAACUUGGACUCAUGCAAGAUUGGUGACGAGGGGCUAGCACAUUUGAAAGGACUUCUGAAACUAAGAAGCUUGGAACUUUCAGACACAGAAGUUGGGAGCAAUGGACUUCGUCAUCUCUCUGGCCUACGGAAUUUGCAGAGCAUCAAUCUCUCUUUUACAUUGGUUACGGACAUUGGCUUGAAGAAAAUUUCUGGCCUGAAUUCACUCAGAUCCCUUAAUCUUGAUAAUCGCCAAAUCACAGAUAAUGGUUUGGCAGCUCUUACAUGUCUCACUGGGUUGACACACCUUGAUCUAUUUGGAGCUCGUAUAACUGAUGCUGGGACAAACUGCUUGAAAUAUUUCAAGAAUCUACAGUCCCUUGAGGUCUGCGGUGGGUUAAUUACAGAUGCUGGAGUGAAGAAUAUCAAAGACCUCAAAGCUCUGACGCUGCUUAACCUAUCUCAAAAUGGCAACCUCACUGACAAAUCCUUAGAGCUGAUUUCCCGCCUCACUGCCUUGGUCUCCCUGAACGUGUCGAACUCUCGGGUGUCGAAUUCUGGGCUCCACCAUCUGAAGCCACUCCAGAACCUGAGGUCCUUGUCUCUGGAGUCCUGCAAGGUGACCGCGAUUGAGAUCAAGAAGCUCCAGUUGGCUGCCCUGCCCAAUCUCGUCAGUGUGCGGCCCGAGUAAUCUGGUAGCUGCACAUGUGUCCACAUGUAAAUAUCCACCUGCUUAGAGCAGGACAAAUGUACAUAUUCCCACAAGAACAAGCUCGAGUGAUCUGUACGUCAGUCCUGCUUGUAUCGGUGUGUCUGGUCGCCCUGGUGCUGAAGGGUCUGAUGGAUGGCCUAGUGGUGAAGGGCUGGCACGUAUUUAGGCCGUGUAAAUAUGUAGCGGUGCUGAUGGGAAGGAACAACUGUAAAUAUGGCGUGCUUCCUCUGCAUUUUCGAUGUUAUGUAAUGUUUCGUGUUAUCGUGUUAAUGAACUGGUAUUGUUGCUUGACCUUUUCC